AUCACAUUCUCCGCUUAUUAUUUCGCUUUGUUAGCUUUCUAUUACCUUAACUUGUAUGAGUUUAGCUACUUUAAAAGCUAUAAACAAUACAGUUACUGAAAUUAUUUUGUUAAAGUACGCACGUGGAUUCUAACAUAAUUUCCGGGUUGACUAAGGGGAAAUCCGCGGUAGUUUUUCAACUGCUACUGAUGUCUUAAAAGUCCUUUUGUAUGCUGGGUUUAAUUGACAACAGCGAAUGCAACCUGUUGAACCUUCUUUUAAAGCAGCGCGAAGUAGUUUAACAAGAGUAGAAAGUAUUUUUUUUUUCUGCAAUUACACUGUCAAGGCUCUUGUUGCUGAUUGAAAAUAAAUUACUUGUAACAACAGCAGUCUAGGCUAUAAUGGCAACUGGAGCGACGGGGGACCUUGCUGAUGUUUCAUCCACGCCAGGUGAAAACGAGUACCCAUCUGGCUUUCCGCAUAGCAUCUGCGACGAUGUGCCUCAAGACAAGUAUUUGUGUAGCAAUUGCAACAACGUUCUGAACAAAGCUCAUCAAACGAUGUGUGGUCAUCGCUAUUGCCUCGCGUGCGUCAACUGGUUGGUGCGGAACAACAAGAACCUUAUGUGUAAGAAAUGCAGAGAAGAGGACCGAAGCCUAGAAGGCAAUAUCAGCCUGCUUACUCCAGACAAUGUGUUUAAUGAUGCUGCCAUCAACAAGGAGAUCCUGGAGCUGAAGGUACACUGUCCCAACCAGGGUUGUACCUGGAAAGGAGUACUAAAGGACUACGAGGAACACCAGAGUGGGUGUGAGCACGCUCUGAUCCCCUGCAACAUCGGCUGCGGUCACAUGGUGGAGAGGAAGAAGCUGGCCUCUCACCUGAAGAAGGACUGCUCCAACAACCUGUCCCCCUGUCCAGCCUGCUCCCAGAUACUGAGCCCUACAGAGCUACAGAAGCACGUAUGUUCAAGUCCGUCCAAGGAAAUGGGUCCCACCACCACUCAGGAAGCAGAGGAGAAUCAACAGCCUUCAACAUCCACGCAAAGAGAGCAGUGCUGUUUUUCUGACGUUGGGUGUAGGUUCAAGGGAUCCAAAGAGGUUGUCCAACAUCACGAGGUGUCUGCUCACCUGGGCCACCUCCAGCUUCUGCUCCAGGCCAUCAGCACCCUGCGGGCCGCCCAGCUGACAGGAAAGGGCUACACCCCAGAUGCCCAGCUGAGACGGGCCCUGGCUGAGCUCCACCAGCAAGGGGGAGGAAUAGAGGCAGAUGGCGGACUGGAGGCAGGCCAGGAGGGUGUGGGAGACCCUGAGGAGUUUGCAAAGGCCCACAGCCUACAGGAUGAUCAGGUGGCCUUACUGUUAGGACAGCGGCUUGAGGAACUACAGCAGAGGGUCCAGGUGUACGAAAACAUUGUCACCGUCCUGAACCGUGAGGUGGAGAAGACCCAGCUGACUGUAGCUGCACUCAAGCAGCAGAACCAGAACAACCAGGACACAAUUCACCACCUGGAGCUAAAGGUCUCGGAGCACCAACAGAAACUGGCCGUGAAGGAGACGACCAUUAGCUCCCUGUGCCAGCGAAUCGCUGCACAGGAGGAUGUGUCCUACAACGGUACCUUCCUCUGGAGAGUGUGUGACCUCACCAGGAAGAUGACUGAGGCAGCCUCCGGCCUCAGGAACAACCUGUACUCUCCCGCGUUCUACACUGCGCGGAACGGGUUCAAGGUGUGCUUGAGGCUGUACCUGACGGGGGACGGGGCUGGGCGGGGCACGCACAUCUCCCUGUUUUUCGUGGUCAUGAAGGGGGAGUAUGACGCCCUUCUGUCAUGGCCAUUUAAGAGCAAGGUCACCUUCUUCCUCAUGGACCAGAACCAUAAGGAGCACGUGGUGGAUGCCUUCAGGCCAGACCUCUCCUCUUCAUCCUUCCAUCGGCCCACCUCUGACAUGAAUGUGGCCAGUGGCCGCCCCCUCUUCUUCCCCCUAGCCAAACUGCACUCCCCCCGACACGCCUACGUGAAGGACGACACGCUGUUUAUUAAGUGCAUUGUGGACACCGCUGGCUGAGCCUCCACUGAUGUGACGGCAUUCAAGCCACCCUUUGUGUGAACUACCGAGCAAUGCUGAUUUAGGGUUAGGAUUAUGAUUAUUAUCAUUAACAGGGUUUAUGGUAUGGUAACUUUCAGAGGUAACAAACAGCCCUUAACAGGUGUAUGUGGACACAUUUAUGUUCAGAUCUAUUACAUUUUAUUUAUAUUUUAAUUAAGUUUAUUAUGUAAACUCAGAACUAAGCUAUGCAUAAUUUAUGCUCCUCGGGUCAUUAUAUUGAAUCAGCUGAAUGUUUUCUUCAUGUUAUGAACUUAACAAUCGUGCCUUAAUAUUUUCAAACAGCUUUGAAACUGUUGAAACUUUUUUGAACAUCGUUUUUGUGUCUGUAUGUAUGAAUAUUUUCCAGGAAAAAAAUAUUUUCCCCCCAAACUUCUAAAUGGUACAAAGUUAAACAUGACAUAUUUCUUCAAAUUUUAAAGCAAGUUUGCUUAGAACUUUGUACAGUUUAAAAAUAAUAAAAAGGGAAAAAGACCCUGUGCAAAAGCUUGGGAACCCUGUGAGUUAGUACUUUGUAACUCCUCCUUGGACAAGUACAACAGCUUGUAAACACUUCUUCUUUCUUUUUCAUACUGAAGACGCUUAAAUUUUGUGUUGAGGUCGUUCAGUGGUCUUUGCUGUUUAAAGUAUGUUGUAUUGUCCUGUGAACAGCUGGACCUGUGUUUGCUACUCUUUUUUUGCAGCUCUUUUGCAGUGAUGUGUGGGUUCCUCUGAGCAUUUCUCACCAGGUCUUGGGCCAUUCUAUCCAAAAUCUUUUGUGGUCUUCCAGACAGUGGAAAUAGGGAGUUUUUAUAGCCUUCUCCUAUGGAAAUGAAUGAACCAUCUUCAUUCUGACAUCCUUGGAUGACAACUGUUUAGCCCAUGGUUGGACAGAACAGCCAUUGCAGUUGGAUAUUUAAGAAGGCCCUGGAAUUAUACUCACCUGAUUCAUUGAAGCCCUAAUGAGUAAAUGGGUCUGGGCCUUGGAAAUCAGGUUUUUAAAAAGUAACAAAGAAUAAUCCGAAAGGGUUCCCAAACUUUUGCACAGGGCUGUUCUCAUUUUUUCUCAUUUAUAAACGGUAAAAAAUGAAAAUAAAUAGCAAUCUUGCUUUAAGAUGUUCAGAAAUGUCUCAUGUUCAACACUACCAUUAAAAGUUCAGGUUUACAUUACAUUAAUGGCAUUUGGCAGAUGCUCUUAUCCAGAGCGACGUACAGUUGAAUAGACUAAGCAGGAGACAAUCCUCCCCUGGAGCAAUGCAGGGUUAAGGGCCUUGCUCAAGGGCCCAACGGCUGUGCGGAUCUUAAUGUGGCUACACCGGGAUUAGAACCACCAAACUUGUGUGUCCCAGUCCUUACCGGGAUUAACCACUACGCUACAGGCCGCCUGGUUUGAUCACAUUCAGAUUCAUUGUAACAGACAUUUAAACCAGGGGUGCCCAAAUGUUUGCACCCCACUGUAAAUACAUACAUACAUAUAAUACAUACUGUACUCCUUCCCCAUUAUUGGCAUAGCAUAUUUAGCAUAUUUACUAUUAAUUGCUCCCUACUCCCUAGCAAGACCCCUCCGGUCUGGUCACCUUGUGGUUCCCUCACUAUGAGCACCUGGCGGUCGAGCUGCACGUUCAUGCCUGUUUUCCAUUCUGGUUCCUCAGUGGUGGAAUGACUUGCCUACCACUGUGAGGACACAGACUAAAAACACACAUUUUCAAACUAUACCUUAGUCCUCCCUCCUUAUCUCCCCCUUUCAAUAUCCCUCUUAUCUAACCCUAACCCUUUUUGUUUAGAACAGCUGUUCAUGCGUUUUUCACUAGUUAUGGAUUUGGUGCUUUCAACCUGUGGAAGAACCUAUGUACUUGUAAAUUGCUUUAGAUUAAAAGCGUCUGCCAAAUGUCUAAAAUGUAAAUGUAAAUUAACUACUUCUGGUGUCUUGUGACAAAUGUAGGAACUUUUCUAAUUUACCAGAGUAAAAUGUCAUGUAACUGAUAGGAAAUCCAAAGAGCUCAAAUGCUAAAUAUCAUAAUAAACCCAUGAAAUUAGCAUUUUGGUAUGGUUUUUACCAUAUUCUGCAAUAUGGUUACAUUUAAAAAAAUAAUUGUAUUCCUUUGCAUGUGUGUUCUGUGUGUAUAAUAAAUAUAUUUUGAUUAUA